AUGCCUUCCCGACAAGAAGUCUCCUACUUUGGAGCUGGUCCAGCUCCCCUCCCGUCCUCAGUCGUCGAGGCCGGCGCAAACGCAUUCGUCAACUUCAACGACGCCGGACUCGGACUCGGCGAGAUUUCGCACCGCUCCCCCACCGCCAACAAGAUCCUCAACGACGCCAAGGCCAACCUCUCCGCUCUCCUCGAUAUCCCUGAUAACUAUGAGAUCCUGUUCAUGCAGGCCGGAGGCAGUGGCGAGUUCAGCGCUGUCGUGCAGAACCUGGUCCCCGUCUGGAUUGAGCGCCGUCGCCGCAAGGCCGAGACCGACGUGAAGAAGGCACAGCCCGAUGCGGAACAGGCUGAGGUUGACGAGUUGGUCUUCCAGAGACUUCAGAAGGAGAUCGACGAGGAGCUGAAGCUGGAUUACCUCGUGACUGGAUCCUGGUCGCUCAAGGCUUCCCAGGAAGCCAGUAGACUGAUCGGUUCGAAAUACGUGAAUGUCGCUCUUGAUGCUCGCAAGGCCAACAAUGGGAAGUUUGGUACAAUCCCCGCGGAGGAUUCCUGGUCGUUGACUCCUACCAAGAAGGAGGGCGGCAAGGGCUCUGCGUUUGUCUACUUCUGCGAUAACGAGACCGUCGAUGGUGUCGAGUUCCAGCAGUUCCCCAAGUCAUUGGAAGCUCAGGGUCAGGAUGCCGAAGAUGAGCGUCUCGUUGUCGCCGAUAUGAGCUCCAAUUUCAUCAGCCGGAAGGUUGAUGUCAGCAAAUACGCUGUUAUCUUCGUACGUCGCUUCAAUCUCUCUGCGUUAUGGGAUACACUAACAAUAUAUACAGGGAGGCGCUCAAAAGAACAUCGGUGUCACCGGUAUCACUAUUGCCAUCGUUCGCAAGGACCUCCUCCCUCCCCACACCGCGACUCCUCCCCCUGCUCUCCUCCACCGGUUGAACAUUGGCGGUCUCCCGGCCCAAUCGUUCUCGACUACGCCACUAUCGCCAAGAACAACUCCCUCUACAAUACCCUCCCCAUUUUCAACCUCUGGAUCGCCGGCCAGGUCAUGGCCGACCUGAUGGCCGAGUUCAGCGCUCAAAAGGUCAGCGGACAAGAGGAAGUCGCCAAUAAGAAGGCACAGCUUAUCUACGGUGCCUUGGACAAGUUCCCGCAAGUGUACCAGGUUGUGCCUGACGCCAGCGUCCGCAGCCGCAUGAACAUCUGCUUCCGUGUUAGCGGCGGCGACGAUGCAAAGGAGAAGGAGUUCAUCGCUGGCGCUGAGAAGCGUCUUCUCCAGGGUCUCAAGGGCCACCGCAGUGUAGGCGGUAUGCGUGCCAGCAACUACAAUGCGGUUCCAUUGGAGAACGUGCAGAAGCUGGUGCAGUACCUCGAGGACUUUGCUACAGCACAGUAG